UGAAAGUACACUGUAUCCCCUCUACAGGUAAACUGUGUAACUACCUUCAAAUGUUACGAUACCAAUUUUCAAACCAGCUUUAGAAUGUGGAGGUAGAAAUUUCCAUCCUGAAUUUUCCAUCUGAUCAGCUGAUGCUGUUGAACAAUGUUUAAUCAAUUGGAAGUGGAAUUAUUUGACAAGUGAAUGUUUGAUAUUGAAGUUAGGUGGAAGUUUACCUUCUGGGAGCCUGUUCAAAAGAGCAAAUGGUUGAAAAACAAAAGGCAGCAUAAUGGAAAAGAAGAUAGUAGUGUUAUGUUGUGGGGUAUUCCUGCUACUGGAGAUAACCAGGACACAGCCUGAAGCAGCUGUCAUCUCACACCAUGUAGAUCAGGGGAGUAUAUAUGAAAUUAUGGUCCACCCUGACACGGGGGACAUUUAUCUGGGGGCUAAGAAUGUGUUACUUCAUCUGCGGUCUGAUUUGCUUGUCCUAGGAGGAGAGGUAAUGGGCCCCUGGAAAGAUAAUCAGCAGUGUUCACCAGACCCCACAGGGGCAUGUAGUGAGGGAAGAAUCCCCACUAGUAAUCAGGUCAAUAUUCUAGCAUAUGAUAAAGGGACAGGGUAUAUGCUGGUUUGUGGCUCUAUUUGGCAGGGCAAGUGUGAGCUUAGAGACACUAGAAACAUAAGUCGUGUUCUCAAACUGACAAACAGUAAAACCAACUUUGUGGGCAGCAUCAAUAAGAGGCAUGUGUUCGCGUUUUAUGGCAGUAAACCUGUGGGUGGUGGUGGCGAUCUUUUGUAUGUCGCCAUGGGGAUGGAUGGCAGACCACCCCAAUAUCAACCAGCUGCCAUCUCUACACGAGAUUAUCAGGCUAAAGACAGAGAAUUUAAAUAUUAUAUUAAUGGUUCUAUGUAUCACACAUAUGUUGAUGUUCAUUCAGAUCUUAUAAAGAAGUUCAAAGCAUACUACAUCUAUGGUUUUGAGUAUGAGAACCAUACAUACUUUAUCUCAGUCCAAAUGGAGGAUGCUCUAGCAAGUACACCAAGAUAUCUCACAAAAAUCAUUCAGAUUUGUCAAAAGGACAAAACGUAUGCCUCCUACACUGAGCUCCCUCUACAGUGUAUGUCUAACUCUGUGGUGUAUGACAUUGCCAUUGAUGCAUAUUAUAACCCAUCACUAGCCAAUGAUCUUUCCAGUGGUCUAGCGGUAACGUUUGGAAGGACAAGCAGUGGUUCUGAUGCGGAUCCAUCCCUGGGAUCUGUUCUGUGUUUUUAUGAUAUUCUGGAUAUUGUUCAGAAAUUUGAAGAGUUACAGUACCAGUGUUUCUCUGAAGGUGUAGGAAGUCAAGUUACUUGGCUGGUGGGGAAAAGCUUAUCAGAAGUUAGGAAUUGUGAACGAGAUAUGAAUUAUGUCCAGAAAGACUUCUGUGGAUUGUUGACCAACAUUGGAAUACAGGAGAGUGCCACCAGUCAAAACAGGGACCAGUUUAAACUGAGUCAUGAUUCUCUCUACCAUGUGCCUGACAAACUGUUAACAUCUGUUGUCAUGGUGAUACAAAACAAAGAGAGAGUAGCAGUUUUAGGAACCAACACUGGGCAAGUUGCCAAGGUGUCAAUUUUUCUACAACGUGGUCGUUAUCUGACAAGCUGGAGUAUAGCAGACAAGGCAAUAUCUAGUCAGUCAGAGUUGGACAGAAGUCAGGCACAUGUCUUUCUUAUUGCUGAUCAAACUUUGUACAAGUUUCCUCUGUACAUCUGUGAUGGAUAUACCACUUGUGAAGCUUGUGUGGGGAGUCGCGACCCAACUAGGUGUGGGUGGUGUGUAGAUCACUGCUCCACUCAAAACAAGUGUGUCAACCCUCCACAGACAAGUACUGGACAGCAAGGACAGUGGCAGAAUGAUACAUGUCCACCAGUUAUAUCACAGGUGACCCCCUCAGCUGGCCCCAUACAGGGACAAACCCUGUUAACUCUGCAAGGAAGAAAUUUUGGAUCAGCCAGAGCCACAGAGGUGAUGGUUUCCCUCAAUGGAAGUGAUUGUAAGAUACAAAGCAAGGGGAAAAAUGACACCAUGUUACAGUGUAGGACCCCUCCGUCACAGAGCCCUGGGACAGCAUUUAUCUUACUUACAGUGAAAGACAACACACACAAAGGAUAUAAAAUUAGCGGCACCUCAGCCUCUGCUCAGUUCCAUUAUCAGGUGCCAGUUAUUACAGGCAUUUCCCCAACACUGGGGCCAGUAUCAGGCGGUACAUCAUUGACAAUAAGUGGAGAAAAUCUGGACAUUGGUUCAGACCUAAGCGUAUUCAUAGGAGAGGCAGAGUGCAGCGUACAGAGGAAACAGCAUUCAUCUAUUCUCUGUCUGACUGGACAUGGAAUGGUGUCUUCAGAAAUAACAUACAAAACCUCAGCCCUGGAGGCCCUAUAUCCCUCGCUGGUUACUGCUGCAUAUGUCACAGUUCAAAUUGACAACAGUCACACAAACAGUUCACAGAUGUUUGCCUACGUCAAUGAUUCUACAAUCACCAGCAUACAACCUAAAACUUCCAUUGUGGAUGGUGGACUUGAAAUUGUUGUGAGAGGAAAGAAUCUGAAUGUAGUACAGCAUCCUCAGAUAGGAGCCACAGUAGACGGAAAAAAUGCAGACCUGCGGGUUUGCAAAGCAACAGCAAAUGGAACCAUAAUGAUUUGUCCUUCACCUAGCAUCCAGGGUCUUUUGUCUGAACCGGUAGACCCAGAAAUUCCCAAAAUAGUAUCAAUCUGGUUCAAAAUGGAUGGAAUUAAGGAGCUGAGAGAGUUAGAUAAACAUUCCCUAGCCCUGAGUCGCUUCACUUACUACCCCAGCCCAACAUUUGAGCAGUUCAUGUCUGUGAGGCAGUUUGAUCUGUCAGAAGAUUUACUUACUAUAAAAGGUGAACACAUUGAUAAAGGGAUAACACCAAGAGAUGUGAUUGUAACAAUUGGAAACAGCUUGUGUGUGGUUAAACUUCUCCAGAGCAACCUGUUGUACUGUAAACCACAAAACAAGCCUCUAGAGACAGAAGACAGUGAGCCAUAUUAUCCUGUACAGGUGAAGGUUGGAGUAAAUUUGACCUUUGACAUUGGAAAUCUACAGUAUGUUGGAGGUCCCUCCUCUCAGUCACCAACUCUUAUCAUUGUCAUUGCCAUUGUCCUUGCUAUUAUCAUCAUUGUGAUCAUUGUACUUAUCAUUAUAUAUAAGAAACGAUGUGGUCCAUUCACAAAGAAAGGUUACACUGCUGGAUAUGCCAAUGGUCAGGGACAAGUCCAAUUCCAUGGCCUAAGUAACCCUGAUGGAACAACGUUUGACUUUGAAAGAGACAAUAGAGCUAAUGAUUAUCAGGAGCGCCAUCUAUCAGAGAGUCGUGAUGAUGGUGCGGACUUGUCAAGAGGGGACACAGCAGCUGUUGUAUUAGACGAGUCUACAGUUCUUGUGUUACGAGACAAAAACCUUCUGAUAGAACACGAUUGGCUGUCAAUGGGGGAAAUACUGGGCAGAGGUCACUUUGGAUGUGUAUACAAAGGAUAUAUCACAUACCCGGGGUCUAAAACUGAAACAAUGGUAGCUGUGAAAACCCUACACCAAAACAGUCCCAGAGAAAUUGACAUAAGUCAGUUUAUUGAUGAAGCACUUCGCAUGAAAGAUUUCCACCACCCUAAUGUUUUGACCCUCAUUGGGAUUUGCUUUAACUAUGAUGCCAUGCCUCUUGUCAUACUGCCAUAUAUGGAGCAUGGGGAUUUACUGACCUAUAUUAGGAAUGAAAACAAUAAUCCAACUAUAAAGGAUCUCAUUCUCUUUGCUGUUGAUAUUGCCAAAGGGAUGGAGUACUUAUCACUUCUUAAAGUUGUACAUAGAGACUUGGCAUGUCGGAAUUGCAUGCUGAAUGAGGAGUACCGAGCCAUUGUGGCAGACUUUGGUUUGUCACGAGAUAUAUAUGAGAGAGAUUAUUACAGUAGUGACAAUAAAAAAAGUAAACUGCCUGUCAAAUGGAUGGCUCCUGAAAGCUUAGAGAAGGGCACCUACAGCUCCAAGUCUGAUGUGUGGUCCUUUGGUGUGGUACUUUGGGAGUUGAUGACCAGGGGAGUUAAUCCAUACCCAGAAGUAGAUAACUGGGAUGUACUGAGGUAUAUCAAAAAGAACCGGAGAAUGCCACAACCUCCAUUUUGUCCUGACCCACUAUAUACUGUGAUGAGGAAUUGCUGGGAGUUUGACCCUAACAAUAGACCUCAGUUUAGUGAGUUAGUGACGUCUAUUAAGGAGAUGUUAGUCGUGUUAGAGCACAAGAUGAAACAAGGGCAGCAUAGGUCAAACAUACAAAGUACCUACGUCAAUACAGAGAACUGUACGGACUAUCACUAUGGUAACCAAGAGGAGGAGGAGAAAUCUCCACUAGCCAGUCCCAUACAGACUGAUGUCUGAUUCCUCAUCAGUUCAAAUCAUGCACUGGGGGUCGGGACUUGGAGACUAGUCCCACUAAUCACGGGGGACAUUGGAUUCAGACACUCAGUAUAAACCAAAUGGCAGGAAGGGUUUUCUUCUAGCAGUUUUACAUAUACUAUGAGUUUUAUUUAUUUUUAACAAAGCUUUAAAAUACAUGCCUGGUUAUCAUACAAUAUAUAGCCGUCCAGACUUGUUGUGAAUUCAGAAACUGCACUCAGCUGAUCAAUGUACAUGUAAUAGGUAGCUUAUGUAUGCUUUAUGGUAUAUAAAAAACAUACACAUAUAUGUAUGUAUUGAAUGGACAUUGAUGCAUCACUAAUGACUGAACAUUCACUGAUAGACUUCCAAAUGUGAUCUGUUUUGAUUUUACCAUGACACCAUUGAUAAUAGGUAGUUAGUGUUCAUUUAUCUUGAAGAUUCAAGGCUUUUUGUUAUUUCUGCACACAUACAUGCAUGUAUUCCUAUUUGUUUAUCAAAAAGAAUAUACAUAUAUUCAACCAUAUUUUAAACAAAGAAACAAGAAUUUUAUACUCUCUUUUAUACUGUAAGCAGCGAAGGUAUUUCUAUACUUGCUGUAGAUUUGAGAGCAAAAUCCUACUUUUCUCUAUGACUGAUGCUGUUUGUAAAAUGGAACAGUGAACCAUGUACUACAAACAGGAUAAAAUAUGUUGAAUUGCACAAAUAAACAAAAGAUAAAUUUCAAUUUUAAAAUCGCAAUGUUCCUUAUAUAAACCGGCCUUUACCAGCACCAUAUUUGCCUCCAUAAGCCCUUUAAAAAAAUUGGUGGGUCAGCUAGGUUUUCUUAGAUCUGUUCUUGCUGACCAUACCGUGUUAUAAAUUAAAGGGUAGGUUUACAUUUCUUUACACAUAUCAAAGUAUACCUGAAAGGUAGAAAGCUUAUCCUUCAGUAAUACAGGGUAUGACAAACUUUUCAGCAUCUCUUGAAAAUAAAAAUCAUUUGAUCAAUUUACAUGAACUGAGCUUAUUGGGACACCAAGAUAGUACAUUGUGUCCAUCAUUUUGUACAUGGAAAUUAUCUCAUUGUAUAGAUGUUAUUCCUUUGUGCUAAUUUUUGUUUGUUUUGGAGUAAGUAUCAAUUUUGUCAUGCAUUUUGAAGAUAGACAAUUGAAUAUUUUGUCUAUAGAUAUUUAUUGAGGACACAGGAGAAGAGAAACAUUCCAUUUUAAUUAGAUGUAUUAUUCUUAUGAAAAUAAAAACAGAUUUUUAGUACAAACGA